AUGGAAGCCAUUCACAUUGUGAGGAGAUUGGUGGAGCGGUAUAGGGAGUUGAAGAAGCACUUGCACAUGGUGUUCAUUGACCUAGAGAAAGCAUAUGACAAAGUCCCGAGAGAGGUGCUCUGGCGAUACUUGGAGGCUAAAGGGGUCCUAGUAGCCUACAUUACGGUGAUUAAGGACAUGUAUGAUGAAACUAAGACUCGGGUUAGGGCAGCGGGAGGAGACUCGGAACACUUUCCGAUUAUGAUGGGAUUGCACCAGGGAUCGGCUCUUAGUCCAUUCCUAUUUUCCUUGGCGAUGGACACAUUGACGAGACACAUUCAAGGUGAGGUGCCAUGGUGUAUGUUAUUUACUGAUGACAUAGUUUUAAUUGACGAGACACGGGGUAGUGUUAACGAGAGACUGGAG